AUGUUUCCUGCUAUGAGUGGUCACCAGAUCCUGGAUAAAGCUGACUUCGGCUCCCGUGGUUUACAAGCAACUGAGCUGCCAAGUUAUCCUAUAGAGAGAUGUUCUACACACAAGGCAAAACUACUGGACAUGUUUUGUGGCAACUAUGAUGAAGUUGAAUGUGCUAGCUGUGUGGCUAUAAAUCACAGAGCAUGCCAAGAUAUACGUUCAAUUCCAGACGACAUUGACAAUUUGUACAGGGAAUCAAGUUUUGGGGAAACUAAAACAAAACUGGACACCAUGAAGAAAACCGUGGAAGAUAUAAAGAAGUCAAAAGAGCAACUAGUGGAACAGUUGAAGAAACACAAGAAUAAGAUCAAGGAAACAGAGAAAUUCAAUGUCGACCUUGCAGAGUACUACAAGAAACUAGAGCGGUCUGCUGGAAAUAAAGCACAGGAGUUUGUCUGUGUUAAAGAGACUGAGAAAACUAUUGUUAAAGUUGAAAAAGCUGAACAAAUUCUGAGAGAAGAACCAAGUGUAGAAAUACAAUUUGAACCUGAUGUAAAAAUCAAAGACUUUCUAAACCAAUUCAAGACACUCGGUAAGAUCUCAAUUACAAGUACAAACCUCAAACUGAAGACAACAGUGUACACAAAGCGAGCACAGAAUGGCAUAAAUGUGAAAGUGACAAAAGACGGAAGUAAAUGCUGUAUUUUUGGUUCCUGUUUCAUUUCAGAUGGCAGUCUACUACUGACAGACUACAAAAACACAAAACUUAAACAUGUAGAUAUUUCCACAGCUACAGUUAAAGAUCAUCUAGAUCUUAAUGCUGGACCAUUUUAUGUCUGCCAAAUCAGUGAUGAUGAAGCUGCAGUCAGCCUCGAAAACGAAACAAUCCAGUUUGUAUCACUGGGUGAUAAGUUGACAAACAAGCGGCAACUGAAGCUUGGUCAUCGUUGCAAUGGUGUUGCCUACAUCAAUGGGAUACUGUUCAUAUCUGAUGAAAGCAAAUCAGUAUAUAUGUAUGAUAUGAAUGGCACUAUGCUAAACAGAAUUGCAACUGAUAAAUCAGGCAAAGAAAUUUUCCACUGCAGCCAACAUAUAAGUUACAGUAUUAACAGAAGCAGGGUGUAUGUAGCUGAUCAGUAUAAAGGUCUGAUAGCUCUUGACAUCCAGGGAAAUUAUCAAUCAACUUUUACAGAUCCUGAACUAGAACGGGCUUGUGGAGUAUGUACAGACAGAAGAAGAAACAUACUGGUUUGUGGAUUGACUACAAAUGUUAUUCAGACUAAUGAGGACAACACAAGAAAAGUGGGCACACUGAGGAAUAUGAUUUAUUCCCAUUCAGCCUGCUUUGAUCCACAUAAAAACAGACUUGUGUUAACUUCUUCAAGUGAUACUGUAAGAGUUUAUGAACUGGAAUGA